AUCUUUGACAUUUGGUGUGAGUUACGGAUUUAAAACUAGUGUAAACAGCGUGUCAAAAUAGAAGCGUGCACACUAAAAUGCGAACUAUUUAAGCGCACUGUUUAAUGCGGUAGAAUAAAGUUCAGGACGCAGCCGUAGUUCUUUCGCUUUUGUUUUUUGUUUUUUUGUUUUUUUGUUUUGGGUAGAUCAUAAUACAUGAAUUAAGAUUUUGUGGUUUGUCAGAACAAGUGGCAGUAUCAGAUUAUACCACGGUGCUGUUGAAUUUUGAUGAACUACUCAGAAAAUGAAUCAGUGUUGGUUAAUUCUCCACAAUGGCGGCUUUGGCAAUAGUUCCAGCUGCAAGGUUUAUAUUAAUGCGCUCGUUCUAAUACGUUAUCGUUUCUAUGGUAACAGCUCAGUCACUGGGAGUUGUAUGGUUGAAGCUCCACUCUUUGCUGUGGUGAAAUUUUCUUUAAGGAGACAUUUAUGGAAGGAAUCCCCAUUGUCAGCACUUCGUAACAGUCAGUAACCGGAGAGUCUUCAAGCUAGAGGAUGCUUUUCAGUAACAUGACAAACUGCAGGCUGUAAGUCGCAGGACAUUGACGUAAAGGAAAUUCUGAAGAAUUAAAAAGAGAGCCUCCGAGGUCAGUGCUAAUGAUGCGGGACUCCGUCUUCAACUGCUGUUUUAACCCACCUCAUCCUCCAGGUGUAGUGGAAGAGACACAGUGGCACGGCAGCAGAGCACAGGCCCUUCCCCCAAAUAACCAGCGCUUUCUUAUCUUUUUUGAUUUUGAUGAGACGCUUGUGGACGAGUGCAGCGAUGAUGCCAUGGUCACAGUGGCUCCCAAUGGUUCUCUGCCCUCCUGGCUUAAAGACACGUACAGGCCGGGCAGGUACAACGAGUACAUGCAGCGAGUUUUGACCUACCUUGCUGAGCAGGGAGUCACUCCUUCAACUGUCCGUAACACUAUAGAGCGUCUUCCGCCAUGCCCAGGCAUCCCUGCCCUGCUACGCUUCCUGAGGUCAUGCCCAUCACAGGACUUUGAGAUCAUUUGUGUAUCAGAUGCCAACACGGUGUUCAUCGAAACAUGGCUCCAGAGCCUCGGCUUUCACACGCUCUUCACGCGCAUCUUCACGAACCCUGCUCAUUUUGAUGAGAAUGGACAACUUCAGCUGCGCCCCUUCCACUCCCACGACUGCCUGCGGUGUCCGAUGAACAUGUGCAAGGCUGAAAUUGUGCGACGCUACACGGCUCAGAGGGUGCACGAAAGAGGAGGCAGGCGAUACCAAAGGGUGCUGUACGUCGGUGAUGGUGCAAACGACUUCUGCCCAUCGCUGACGCUGGGACCAGGUGAUGUGGCGUUUCCUCGGCAUGACUUCCCCAUGCACAGGCUGAUCCAGGAGAUGUACGAGGCCAAACCUGGAGAGUUCAAAGCCACUGUGGUGCCUUGGCGCAGUGGAGAGGAAAUCAUCAACAAGCUCAGGAAAGUCGUGGAAGAACAGGUUUAACUAUGGCUGAAAUACAUAAACAAGGACAUAAAUAAAAACAAAUUCUCAGCACAGUUACUUUUAAUAAUCAUGAUGCAUGGAGAUACACCAACAAGGAGAUGAUAUGUUAGUGGGAGCUGCUGUUAUACUUGCACAAAACCAAGGUUGUCUUUUCAGUUUCUGUAGCAGAAAUUCAUACUUAUAAAAUUGUAUGAACGUCAAUGUAUGAAGAGAUGGAAAAAGUUGUCUGAAAGAACUCAUGGCUUAUGUGAAAUAUGGUCAGAACCUAUGUUUCACGCAUAAAGAAGAUUUCUCAAUGGUUUUUAAAUAUUUAAACUGAUUCCACUUCCAUAAACACUCUUAAAAACACUUUUAGAGUUCUACAUACAACCUUUAUGGUUUUCCCUGGAUCAACAAACUGAAACAACCAGUAUGUUCUAGUAUAGAAGAAUUUCCUUUGGGGGCGAGCGAAGACUGAGUGUGAGAAUUAUGUGUAAGCAAUAAUGAAGACAAUAUUUUUAAUGAGUUUGUUUUAAAUUGGCAAUUUAGUAUUUAAAAUAGCUUCACUAAUUUGUAUUCUUUUCUAUUUGCCUAUAAAUUGCUUGUCAGCACAUCAUCUGGGGUAAAUGUCCCUGGUUUGCUAUUCAGGUGAAAUAUGUAUGCUAUUAGUGAUGUAAAUCAUUUGCUUAAAACCAGUACUGAAAUAA